AGAUGAAUCGCGCUUUUCAGAGACUGCCGUCGAAACCCUCCCACAGGAAUCGCGGCUCGCUUAUGUUUUUUGUAAUCUUUGUUUUUUUUUUUUUUGCACUGUAAAUGUCAGACUCGUCCAGCACGCCAAUUGCCUGGGAGACGCUCGACCACUGGCUGCGUGCGCUCUACCGGCCGUCCAUGCCACCUGCAGUGCCGCACGACCCGCCCACACAGCAGCACCUGAGCCGCCUGUACCUCCUCGACCAGCACAUGCAGCAGAUCUAUUCAAUCGCACAGCGCGUUAAUGCUCUGGCGGCCAAAGAGUACCUGGCCAACCUCCCUCCAGCCACAGCGCCCAUUCCACGCGCACUGUCGGAGCUGUCCCAGCUCGCCGUAGCUCUGGACCUUCCAGACAUGCGCCUGGAGACGUUCGAAGUGGCAGUAAGCGCAAGGACCAUACAGGGGCUGAAAAGGCAAACGCAGCUACUGCAGUGCCAGGAGAGGCUCAGCAAGGUGAAGGCCAAGGUCCAGGGGUCGCUUGAGCGGCAGCAGAAACUACGGCGGCUGCUGGAGAGCCGCAGGCGCAAUGUGCGGGUGGAGGCGCAGAAGGCGCGCGAAUGGACCAGGAACGGCGCGAUCGUCCAGGCCAAAUGCCAGGAGUACAAGGGCCGGCUCAUCCAGCCAAAGCACAUGCAAGGCCUGGAGUACAAGGACAUGCGCAAGCUGGACCUGGCCGUCGAAGAGCUGAGCCAAGCAGUCGCUGAGAAGCGCCGGAUCCACGAUGGCUACGCGGCAUUGCCGCCCGACACGCAGCUGGCGUGGCUCCGUCUGGAGGAGGCCAGGCAGACUUUGAUGCAUGUGCGGGCUGAGUGCGAGCGGGCAGCAGAACGCGCCUACGGAAGCUGAAUUCCC